AUGUCGCGACCCACGACUCGCAUGAAUGAGUAUUUCGUGCCGCGUGAUGGCAUCGAUCGUGAAGUCAUCUCUGCUGAUAUUUGCCGCUACUUGGGCAAUGAUGCUUUGGUGCGACCUGGCCAUUAUGAGAACCCACAGACUGGUCAACCCGUCCAAGGUUAUUAUAUUACGGCUUAUCGUAACCUGACGACGGCCAUGAUCGAGGAUCUCAAGGCCGACUCGGCCCGAUGGGAUAGGGAACGCCGCGCGCAGACCGCGCGCAACAGCAGCGGAGUCCAAUACCGCUACUCUGAGACGCACCAGUCUCGGCAGCACCAUGGCCCAACUGAACCACCUUUCCGAGAUGAUUCCUAUCCUCCUCGUGAUGGUCUUUAUGACGCCCCAAGGUAUCCAGGAACUGGCGCCCAAGGAUAUAAUGGUGCCUCCGGCCCCUAUCAGCCUCAACAGCAGCAGCAGGGCUACGCUCCUCCCAGUGGCGGUGCAUAUGUCGGAAAUCCUCAAGGCGGCCCUAUGAUGAACCAGGGAUACCAGAAUCCGGAUGGCCCGUAUGUUUCAACUGGAGCCAACAUGCCUCCCAGGAACUAUCCCAAUGAUCCUUAUGCCGGUGGCCACCCUGGAGCGUCUGUCCCACCACCUCAACAACCCGUAUAUGCCUCAACCCAGCCUGUCCAGCCAGGAUAUCCCGCCCCAGCCUACCCAUAUCCUAACCAGGCUCCUUCGGGUGCUCCAGUCUAUGCUACGCAGCCCCAGGACCCCUUUUUCGGCCGAGCUUCCCCAGCAGGCCAAACCUCUCAACAGCCACAAGGGUAUGCCUCACAGGGACAUGCAUAUGAUGAAACCCCUCCUCCAACUCGCACUUCCGUUCCCCCCGCAGAAACACAGACACCCCCUCGGGAAUCAAGUACUCGUUUGAGUGACCGGGAAGGCGACAGGAACCACCGACCACCACCACCUCGCCGAUAA